CGAUACUUGGAUCUGGUGUACAUGCACGACGUCGAGUUUGUGUCUGCUGCCGAGGUUCUUCAGGCUGUCAAGGAGUUGCGCCGACUGCGCGAUCAGGGCCUGAUUCGCUAUGUUGGUAUAAGCGGAUACCCCGUCGAUACCCUCGCCUCGCUGGCCGAGAUGAUAUUGAGAGAGACUGGCGAACCCCUUGACGCUAUCUUGUCGUAUGGCAACUUUUGCCUGCAAAACACUCAGCUCGGGCGAUCAGACUUCCUACAGCGGUUCCAAGCAGCCAGAGUCGAGUGUCUGUUAAACGCCAGUAUGCUCAACAUGGGCCUGCUGACGACUCGAGGCGUUGACAACGGCCCCAUGGUGUCCUGGCAUCCUUCGCCGCCAGAGCUACGAAAGGCCUGCACCAAGCUAUCCCAAAUCGCACAAGACAACGGCGAGCACCUCGAAGGAGUGGCCAUCCGGUGGGCUCUGGAACAAUGGGCCCGCCUCGGAAAAGACUUUGGCACAACGGCCUACGUCGGGGCUGGUCCUCGCAUCGGGGCAAGUGUCAUGGGAGUAACAGCCAUCACAGAGCUCGACGAGACCUGGGAUCUAUGGAGAAGCGUUAUAGGGCCCGUGAUUGGCGCCAAGGACGAUGUCGCAACGCAGAGGAGCGAUAAGAUUACGAAACUUGUCCAAAACAAGAUGUGGCCUGGCUUGGGGUCGUGGAAGGACCAUGCCUGGGAGAGUGGUGGCGAGACGUUUGUCAAUACCCGAGUGAAUAUGGGACAGAUUCCUAAUGAUGAGGUGGCGGAGAGAUGGGGGCUGGUUCCUUCAGCUGCUGCUGUGGCUUCCAAGCUGUAACGUGCGAUGCAUAAUAGUAUAUAGACCAGCAUGGCUUUUCUUUAUUUUUUUUUCUGCAUCAUUUCGUUUCUCGGAUAAAUUCCUAAAGUACAUACUACCGCAAUGCACAAAUUACCGUUACCAAUAAUUUCUUGGGACGCAUUAGGAUCUUGGCGUCUCUCAAAACUUUUACGCCUGCCCAUAGCAGUCUCCUUACUAAACACUAUGUUCCCUUUUACAGUUUUUACACAGAGCUAGUAAUUUUACUUUGCUUGAAUCAUGGUGGUUAGUGAAGAUG